CCGUUUUGCUGAGUCGUUUCACCCGCCACUUGGUCGAGUAGUGCGACGUCACGCGUUGCCCAUCGCGUGAGUUCUCGUCAUCUUUGCAUCCCUUUUUUCUCUCUCUUAUGGAGCCCCACCCAGUGGCAUUCAAAUUUCGCGCCAGCCUUAAUGCGCAACAGCGCCAUCUAGCGCUACGCGCCAACAACGGCCAUGUUUACAUUUGUUUGAAUUCCAACGUUCGUUGCUGUUUUAACAGCUAGAAUAGAGAGAAGUCUGUCUCUUUGUGUCUAUGGGUGUGUGUGUGUGUGUGUGUGUGUAUGUGUGUGUGUGUACACAUAGAAAAAUCGCUAUUGGAGCGACGCUGAACGAGCGAACUGUUCGUUGGUCGGGAAGUCGGUGUGAGCAAAUUCAUUAAGCGGCGCCGGCGGUUGAAACGACAUCCGGCGCGCUCCUUACUGUAGACUAGCCGUCUUUAAUUCAGCGAUUUGCUGGAUUGAUGCCGUUGUUUCUACUGUUCGUGUUGAACUGAAGUGUGUGCAGUGCCCGCGCGAAUACCUAUCAAUCAACAACGGAUACCGACGAACGCUACCGGUUACCUUUAUGAGAAGAUUCAACAGAGCUGCUCAACCGAUUUUUGUCGUUAGUUUGCACAUUGACAUCGGUUCGUCGGUCAGCUAGCUAUUUAUCUAACUAGCUGAACUGGGUAAACGAACUUACUUUCGUGCGUGAGUUCACUGAAAGAAUCGUCAUACUGCGUACUGCUAAACCAGUGGGAUAACGAGUGGUCUCAGUGAUUAUCUAGUUGGUAGUGGCAGUUAGGUGUUGCCGCCCCCUGCCGUUGCUGCCGGCCGUGCCUGCUCCAUGUACGUGAGCAACAGCAGACUCGGCAUUUCCGGAACAUGACCGGGUAUCCGAUUAGGGGUCGGUUCAGCGUCGGUACCACUCCCGUUGCUAUGUUGGUCAGACCGAACUAACUCAAUGAUUGCCAAAACGGCCGUACAACUCAACAGUUGGCGACGACGGUGGCACUAAUCAGCGUAACAGCACAACGACACAACGAAGGACUGCAGCGUAGGCUUGCCCGUCCAUCGCCUGUUGCUGACGCUUUCUAAUGGCGAUGGUCUGCCUUUGAUGGCAGCUCUAGAGAGUUGCUGUUACUCUUUCUGCCGUUGCCGCUGCUAUUCAAACUCAAUAAAAGUGCUUUUUAUCUCUCGUGGUGAAAAUUUAAGCUGCCGCCGUAAUUAGCUAGCUCCUUGCGCCUUGUUUUCGUCUUUGUCUCAGUGUAACUCUCGCGGCUUCGGUUUCGGUUGUCUCAGAUGCUAUUGUUGUUACUGAUGAAGUUGUUAAUGCUGAUGAAGUCGCUAGCUGACGCCGUUGCCGGUGGCCGUUGUGUAACAUCGAAUGUGUGAGUGCAAACGAACGCACGAAUGUCGCUUCUUGAUUCAACGAUAACAACUUACGGAUACUGUUAAACGAACUACCAUUUGCUGCUGCCCGUGCCUUAGACAAUAUACGGCCUCUGUGUAUGUGUCUAUUUGUGCUUGUGUACUAAGCCAGUUUUCUAUCUAAUUGAACGAACAGCAAAAUUUCGGUUUUGUGGGUAGCCUGAAAGAAAAGUGCUCGCAAAGGUUAGAACGCGCUGUUUGCUUUGUGUCGUGCUGGCCCCACCUGGGAGAGGCGGGCUCCGCCAUGGAUGAUUCCGCGGCGACAGGACUGGAGUCCACGGGGUUCUCAUCAAGUACAGCCUCGAAUGAGAAGCGGUCGCUCGAGGAAAUCUCCCGUGCCUGUGUUGUUCUUGAAGGAGAGAAUGAUGAACAACGUGAAGUUGUCAUUGCUCUUAAGCUUAUGGGUUUUCAAGUUGAGUUCAAAUCAUACACAGAUUUGGAAAUGUUGGGUAACGACCGGAGUUGCAUCGUUGUCAUGGAUUUUGCGCACAUACUGGAAACACGCUUGUCCACUCUACUUUUCUAUGGGCCGACCUGCAUAAAGCGGGCUGUAGCCGCUACUGCAGGAAGUUCGCCGAAUGCCAAUGACGCAGGAAACGUUGGCCCGCCGUCUUCUUUCGACUGCAGAAAGCCGAUGGAACAUGAAGGCGACGGUGACAUGAAGGCGGCUAAUAAGGCAGCGACUCGUGAAGAUGACGCUAGUCUAUCAACCAGUACAGCGAUCCCACAACUUCCUUUCACGGGUCAUUCUAUGUUGACUACGAUUCUGCUGGGAAAGAAAUGUUGCUUGCAAGUGUUUAAACAUGAACAAACUACAUAUCGAGCGAAAAUCUAUGCGUUGGGUGGCCGACUUGCAAAACGCGUUCAAGACGCGGAUCUCUUGGUGACUCCAUGGGCCUAUGGUGAUCAAUACAAGUUGGCGCGGUCCUUCGAAAUACCCGUUGUAGGACCAGGAUUUCUUGACGCCUUAUGGGAACAGAGGACCAGUCUUGACUUUGAGCUAAGUAACGACAUUGUCGAGCAGUUUCGUCUCCCAGUAUUUUCACGGCUGAAAAUGUUCCUCUGUGGGUUCGAGGCUGCUGGCGAGGACCCUGAACAGCUUCGUCAACGCGCCAUGGCUAAUGGCGCUGCGAUAACGGGAAGUGUGUCCGGUAACGGUACUUACAUUGUGGUCGUCUGCCGUAAGGGCUGUUCCAUGGAGGAUCUCAAGAAACUACACAGAGAACUUUCAGCGAAAUCCGCAAUUGUCUACGAAAAUUGGUUCUACGACUCCAUUGCUCAAGGAUAUGCUCUUUGCGAAAAGCAUGAAAGUUAUGACGCGCGAAGAGUCGUAGCGGCGGCCGUAGCAAGUUUGGGAAAUACUUCAGGAGGCGGCAAGUCAAGUCCACCGGGAAGACGAAAGCGCGGUGCUGAUAGCCCAGGAGUUCCACCCAGAACCAAAAAGUCAAUGGAAUCGUUACUACUAUCGCCCCGAGUAGAGGAACUCUCCCGUCGGGAUUCCUGUGCAGGCAGUGUGUCCCCGUCAAUGGGAGCUGCAUCGCCUAUUCGUACAAACGAAAUCACGGACCAGCGACAUCUUGUGCUUAUCGAACUCUUUGACACGGAAACAAACUAUUUAAAAAUUCUGAAGUUUAUUAUGGAUAUGGCAACCGAAUACUUGGGACAUCUUGACUUUGACAAAAAACAUCAAAAAGCCUCCCAUCAGCUUGAGAGGUCCGCAUCCGACCGAAGUUCCGAUAGAUCUGGAUCUGAGAGAACAUCAGAGCGAGCCUCUGAGCGAGAUCGCGACGAUAUUAUUACACGUUUCGAGAGACAGGAAAUCUUUAAGGAGAUCCCCAACAUUAUUGACCUACAUACAACCCUUCACAAACGAAUGGAAGCUGCACUAAAAGAUCUAGAUUUUCGCAAUAUUGCGCCAAUUUUUCACGGCGAAGAUGCGUGCGGCCUGAUACCGGAGGUAGAGGCUAACAUUCAACAGCACAAUAAAACUUUUCUAAAGCGUUUGGGACGUAAAGGUCUUGCAGAUAAUACAGCGAAUACGGGUCCCGUUAAAGAAAAUGUAAACAACAUUGUUGCCACGUAUAAAACAUUCCUGAACGGCUUGGAGACAAUCAAAGCUCGGGUAGAGGCCCUGCUUACAGAAAAUCCACGAUUUGCGGAAUUCGUGCGCCGAGUUGAAGAGCGACCUGAAUGCAACAGGGAAAAGUUUCUUCAUCUUCUCAUUCGCCCUGUACAGAGGUGGCCGUCAAUUCUGAAUUUGCUGAAGCGAUACAGCGAUGAAAGCGAGCGCAUGGCUAAGCGGCUUGAAAGUAGUAUUAAAGGCUCAUCGAUGCAUGAGGAAAAAAUGCGUUCAGAAGCAGCAAAAGUACGUCUUGGUGGGCAGGACGCCAUGAGAGUUUAUCGGUUUAUCGAGGACUCGCUACGCCAAAUGAAUGACUCGAAAAGCCAGACGCUAAUGAUUUGCGAGGCCUUGAGAAUACAGAAUACCAUUGAAGAUAUUCCGGCAAUGUACUGGUCGAAGAAAUACACGCUCAAUCACCACUGUGACGCGACGUUGGUGGCCACUUCAGAGACGCUCAGUCAAACUAAUGGUCAAAAAUCAUUGAAAAACGUUGAGGUUACGUGCUUCCUAUUCUCGCACGGUCUAGAGAUUGCUCGGAAAAAGCUGAAUAGUAAACAUCAUAAACCCUACAAGCAUGUUGCUUUCAUUCAUUUCGACAAGAUCAACACGCUUCUAGUGAACGAGGACCCAGACCCCAUGCUCAGGCGACUUCUUGAAAUCGUUUUUCGUGAGCAGCGCAAGGAAAUUGCCAGCUCUGUUUUGUCAAGGGAAGGAGUGUCCGAAGUCGACGGAAACGACACGGAAUUGCUAGCAGCAGGCAGCGAGGCAGCCGACUACUCUGAAGAGCGAAUACUUCUCGACCUCAAGGAUAUCCAGGCCAAAGAAGCGCUUAUGAAAAAACUGGAUAGUACAAAUACGAAUUCGUUCGAAGUCGAGCGCAUUACUACGUCAGCGACUUCCGGUGAUCGAAAGGAGGGACUCCGUUCAGAUUCGCUGUUGUUAAUGCUGUCACAAGCUCAUCACGGCAGUACACCAGUGACGCAACUUGCAAGGUCGUUAUCGAACGUUUCAGAGAUGUCUACGCCGAAGAAGCUGACCCGAACGUUCAGUAAUCUUAUCAAAAAAGGCCUUCUGGGUGCUAGCAGCAACAAGAUGGUUCGAGAAGAAACCUCCUCACCGCAUUCCCCGCCCGGAAGCACCAUGCAGUUCAGCCGCGGCCGCCACGGCGCUGCACUCCUGCCGCGUUGUCUGUCGUCGACAUCGGCGACGUCGGCUUCGACGGCCGGCAAAGGUUCGUCAUCCUCGUCGUCCCGACUGCUGUCAUUAUCUCCUCUUAGCCGGCGCAUGGAUUCUCUUGUCCUGUCGACCUUUUCGUCUGUAAUAACGAACAAUAACAACAGCCAUAAUAAUAAUAAUAAUAAUAAUAAUAAUAAUAACAACAGCAACGGACGAAAAUCGAACUUCCUGCAGAUGGCGGCUGCCACUGCCACCAACAGCCAUCAUCAUCAUCAUCAUCAUCAACAACAGCUCCAUUGCAACAAUUAUUCCAACAAUAGCAUUAACUUCAGCCCAGGAGGCACUUCCUCGUCCUCAACUACGACGAUUUCUGCCUUAACUAGUUCGCCGAGCACGAGCACUUUAACAGUCAGUAGCGGGCAUAGCACUGGCAACGCCAAACGAGUCACUGAUAGUAAUAACGGAAAGGGGAAGAGCAACAAAAAUCAAAAAGCCACUAACAACAACAACAACAAUACUAGUGCGUCGAUGAUGGCCCCUCCGCCUAAUGGCAGAAGUGCGAUUAAGAACACGUUCGGCAAAAAGCGGAGAUCUAGUGGAGCUCAGAAAGCGAACGCCUAGGCCGACAAAUAACCCCAAGUAGAAUAUCAUGGCGCUCUCUAAAAGCUGGGGCGACACAGAGUGUACAACUACAUCAAAUCACACCUAAUACGUAUAUAUAUAUAUAUAUAUACAUAUAUAUAUAUAUAUAUAUAUACAUAUAUAUAAAAAAGAAACAUCAAUGGACAUCGAACGCGCGAAUAAUUUUAUCACAGCCGUCAAGUAACUAUGUCUUCAUCAAUAACAGUAUAUCGUCGUUGGGUUCAGAGCGGGCGAUAAAGAUUCUAGCGAUUUCACGGUAUGCUCAGGCAUACCGCAUUACAAAUUAGAAAAGCGAAAAAAAAAAGGAAAUCGUUAAUACAUAGCAAUGCCUUAACUCUUCAGUUCGAGAGCUGAACUAAAAUAAAGGUCGCAAACACACGCACAUGGUUUAUUAAUUAGCGGUUUAAUAAAAAACCGUCUCCCGUUCUAAGACAGAGUAAAGAAAAAAAAGUUAAUCACAAUAUAUAUAUAUAUAACGAAAAACAAGAAACAGACAAUGGCUUUAUAUGACCGAAAAAAAUGACGUUGAGAAAUAGUCUUAUAUGAUUUUGUUGACUGUAUAUGUAGAGGCAAAAAAAAAAAGAUUCUAUUCAUAUAUUUUAAUAUAUUUUCUCAAUGUGUAGGCUGUACAUGUAUAUUGAUUCACGUACAGAAGUCUAGUCGAAAGGCGAAGGUAGAGGACAGGCCAUAGUGACGAAACAGAUCACGUAUCAUUAUUACGAAUAUUGUUCUGUAGAAGUUCAAACUAGAAGGUAAAAAAAAAAUUUGUCUAACUGUGAAAAAUGAGUGUUAGCACCGAUUAGUGUUAGCAGUGACGACUGCUAAUUGAUUCCUUCCCUCGUCAAUCCAGCCAAGUUGGGCAUAGGUUUUAGCCGUCUUGUCCCUUAUAAUAGACAACGCAAAGGUGAUUAGGAACCAAAAUUUCUUUCCUUUCUGUUGAGAUAGCGUUCGUGCAAUAUCCUUAGUCUUAUGUCUUAUUACAUCGACCCCCCCCCCCCCCCCCCCCAUUAUUAUAAUUCCUAUAUACACGAAUCGUCUCUGAGUUAGUCGUUUCAAAGGAAGACAUUUUGGGUCAUUCUUCUUGGUGUACAAUAAGUGCAAGUGACUUUUUAAUGUUAAUAUUCCUAUCAACGAACUAGAUAUAUAAUAAAGAUGUAGUUAUAUAGCGACAAGUAAUCUGACUUACUUUUUAAUGAUCGUAGUUACCAAAAUCAUGUAGUGUUAUUUUGUCAUGCGGUUUUUUUCAGCUGGUCUCCGAACCGCCCACGUUUCAUCGAUCGCGUUCUAGUACGAUGCCGACAAAUGAACU